GUUCCCAUGGUGGCGGUGAGAGAGCAGAUGGUGAGGCGGCACCGGUACCGGUGUCGGCGCCAGACGCUACUCAGUGCGGCUGACCUGCACCAAGCAGAUGCUCGUCGCUGCAGCCUCGCCUUACGGAGGAUCUAUUGCGCACAUUUCUGUUUUUAAAACUUACUAAAAUAUGUGCAUCUAGACGCGCACCAUCCUCAUCAUCCUCAUCAUCCUCAGCGUCGUGAAGCUGCGGCUGCUACAUGGAUCACAAACAACGUUCUUCCCAGCGCUUCGUAGGUAUCUGUCUUGAGAAGAGAAAAGGAAAACAUCUGAGGUUGAGAGCAUAUGUUCUUGAGGAUUCCAUCUGCAGAGAUUUUAUUCGGGAUUAGAAAAAGGCAUUCAUGAGGAUUGCUGGCCACAGAGGUGACUAAUGCUGAACAUUCCUAUUCAAGUCUUUACUUCGAAGACUGGCUCUCAUCUAACCAUUGUUUGAGCAGUGAGCAGACAAUAUGGCGCUUGGCUGUCUGCCUUGGCCUCCUCUACUCUGGCUGUGCAUGGCCGUACUUCUAGCCUCUCAAUUGUCCGUACAUGCCACAGACUGUCCUCAUUUGUGUGUAUGUGAGAUCAGACCUUGGUUUACCCCCCAGUCCACCUACAAGGAGGCAACAACUGUGGACUGCAAUGACCUGAGGCUGACACGUAUUCCUAUCAACCUUUCAACAGACACUCAAGUGUUACUUCUCCAAAGUAAUGCCAUCUCUCACACUGGGGGUGAGCUGGAACCCCUGCAAAACCUGACAGAGUUGGACUUGUCCCAGAACAACUUCAGCUUUGUGGAAGCUGUAGGCCUCAAAAGCAUGAACCAUCUUACCACCCUGCAUCUGGAGGAGAACCAGAUCAGCCAGCUGCAGGACAACUGUCUGGGAAAUCUCUCUAGUUUGCAGGAGCUCUACAUUAACCAUAACCUUAUAAACUCCAUCUCCUCUCGAGCAUUUGCCGGUCUGCUCAAUCUGUUGCGCCUUCACCUAAACUCCAAUAAGCUUCAUGUCAUUGACAGCCGCUGGUUUGAAGAAACUCCUAACCUUGAGAUCCUCAUGAUUGGAGAAAACCCAGUCAUUGGCCUUUUGGACAUGAACUUCAAGCCUCUCGGAAGUUUGAGAAGUUUGGUUCUGGCUGGCAUGGAUCUUAUUGAUGUUCCUCCAAAUGCAUUUGUAGGAUUAGACAACCUGGAGAGCAUAUCUUUCUAUGACAACAAACUGGUCAGAAUCCCUCAACUGGCAUUAGAGAAAGUCCCCAAUUUGAAAUUUCUGGAUUUAAACAAAAACCCAGUUCACAAAAUCCAGGAAGGAGACUUCAGAAACAUGCUUCAUCUAAAAGAGUUGGGUAUCAACAACAUGAUGGAGUUAGUGUCUAUUGAUCGGUAUUCUCUGGACAACCUACCAGAACUGACAAAGUUAGAGGCCACAAACAACCCCAAGCUGUCGUAUGUCCACCGCCUGGCCUUCAGGGACAUGCCCUCCCUGGAGAGCUUGAUGCUUAACAAUAACGCUCUCACUGCUCUUUACCAGCAUACGGUACAGGCCUUGCCAAACCUUCGGGAGAUCAGUCUGCACAGCAAUCUGUUGCGGUGCGACUGCGUCAUUCAGUGGAUGAGUUCCAACAAGACCUCUGUACGCUUCAUGGAGCCAUUGGCCAUGGUUUGCAGCUCCCCGCCAGAACACAGGGGCCAACGUAUCAGAGAGCUCAGGCUGCUAGAGGCUUCCGAGCAGUGCAUCCCACUGAUAUGCCAUGACACCUUCCCUGGCCACCUCAACCUAAACCUUGGCAUGAGUGUCAGUCUGGACUGUCGGGCCAUGGCCGAGCCAGAGCCUGAGAUUUACUGGGUGACCCCUCUUGGAAGCAAAAUCACUAUGGACACUGUGUCAGAGCACUAUCACCUGAACAGCGAAGGGACCCUGUGGCUGUCCCAUGUACAGGUGGAAGACUCGGGACAUUACACCUGCGUGGCCCAGAACAUAGAAGGGGCUGACACACGGGUUGCCUCAAUUCGAGUGAAUGGGACCCUGCUUGACAGUGCUCAGGUGAUGCGGAUCUAUGUUAAACAGACCGAGUCCCACUCCAUCCUUGUCUCUUGGAAAGUCAACUCCAACGUCAUGUCCUCCAACAUAAAAUGGGCCUCAGCCACCAUGAAGAUCGACAACCCACACAUCACGUAUACGGCUCGUGUACCUGUCGAUGUUCACGAAUACAACCUCACUCAUCUUCAGCCUGCCACAGAGUAUGAGGUAUGCCUCACCGUGUCCAACGUCCACCUGCAGACACACAAGUCUUGUGUAAAUGUCACAACACGUAGUGCGACCUUUGCCCUGAACUUGUCAGGCCAGCACCCGAGCGCUGCUGUGCUAGCAGUCAUGGCAACGGCGCUGGCCUUCCUCAGUCUGGCUACCGUCGGCAUCUACACAGCUCGCAGAUGGAAGAGAAAGAACUAUCACCAUUCCUUGAAGAAAUACAUGCUUAAAACCUCCUCCAUCCCUCUCAAUGAGCUUUACCCGCCACUCAUCAACCUAUGGGAGGCUGACGGAGAGAAAGACAAAGAUGGCAGCACAGAGGGAAAACCAUCUCCUGUUGAUACGACACGUAGCUACUACAUGUGGUGAGGAUGUAGCAAGUUGGCCUCUUCAGCAGCACAAAAAAAAACAAGAACUUUUGCCAUUUUGAUGCAAAAGUCAUGAAGUUGUAUUGUGGGCUUUGCUGAUACGUGGCAGAGUGAACAAGGGGAUUUUUAGUAGAAUGGCGCAUCGCGUUGAUUCUUUCUAUUUCUUGUUUUUGUCUUCAAGGAAGCAGCUGUAUUUAGCUUCAAUGUUACUUUAGUUGCUAUGCUGUAUCUGUGGUGCGUUUCUAACUUUUUACAUGGAUGAAUAAUACUGCAACAGUGGCCGGGGGUCUUGUGGCAACAUCAGUAAUGAUGAGUCUUUCCUUUCUGUUUUGUAAAACAGGUAAACUUUGUCCACUAAUAGGUAAUGGAGUUUGUAUAAACUUCAACAAAUAAAAGCUGACAGCAGGUUUUAGACGUGUUACAUUGUCUACUGAAUGUUAGCGACUGUGCAGUACUGUUGUAUCAACUAUACCUUUCAACUUUCUGAUUUAAGUAAAAAUUGUAUUUUAGUUUGCAGAUAAUUGUGAUUUUAAAUGAUAGCAAUACAACAGUUGGUUAGAACCUUUUCUGUUUUAAAUUUAUUUUUCAAACAAUGAACAUUAGGAUUUUGCCCUCUCCCUGAUAAAUACCAUGGGGAUGUAUUUUAAUUUGCUAGAAUUUAUUGCUGAUUUUUUAGUUUAUU